AUGGCGGCGGAAAGACGAAAAAAAGAAUUGCCCGCACCAUCAAUGGAGUUGAAAGAGUCGUUUUACCGUGGUUUCCAGAUGUGUAAGAGUGAAAUCAUCAAGUUUUUAACGGAAAUCGAAGGAGUCAGCCACAAUGAUCCGUUUAACUUGCGACUUUGUGAACAUCUGAAUAUGAGAAAAACGCAAAUUUUUGAUGAAGAAAUGUCAAAGUAUCAAGAUUUCCAGCAUCAAAAUGUACUACAAGAAAUUAAGCAGUCUCGGCCCCCAGAAAUGAAAGCAUCACCAAAUCAAGACACAGCUAAAGCUACAACCUUGAUCAGGGAAAAAUCUCCAGAAAGUGUUUCAAGUGAUUGUAGUGAAUUUCCUCUGAUGAAAGUUGGCAAUAGUCUUACUAUCAUGUCUGGUUUAGAUUCUUACUCUGAUUCAUGUCUAUCCAUUCAAUACAGCACCAAUGGUUCAACCACGGGAAACCAAACAUCAUCAGACGACAAUGCCGGAGGAAAUCCAAAUGGCGGAAAGACGUGUUCUAAAUUUAAACAUACCUUACGUCAUAGAUAUUCGCGAGACCCGGGCAGCGAUUCAUCCUCCGGAAGCGAUGGCGGUCCAAGUCGCAGUCAUAAGAAUAAUAUUUCGAAUAAUGCAAAUAAUGGUGGACAGUCUUGCUUACAAAGCACCAAUCUAAGAAUGGAUGGGAAUGAAUCUAUAGGACUACCUGGUUUCGUUAUUCAUCCGACUCAUACACAUUAUGUUCCCAUCUCUGUUCAUCAGUCCUUUCUUCCUGAUCUUUUUGAAACUGAAUCAAAUAAUUAUUGUAAUAUUCAUCUCAUCAGCAUACCCGUUCUUUUUUCAUCAGCGUAUGCUCUGAAAGCGCCUGGGUAA